UGCAGCAAAUUUGUUCUAAGGUGUUAAUUUAAUCGUAUAUUGCAUACAUUAAACGAAGAUGAAGCUUUUUGCAUUUUGUGUGAUAGCCGUAACAUUGUCAUGUGCCUAUGGUUGGGGAGACUGUCAUUGGAAAAUACUGAAUUGUGCUGAAAGUCGGGUGAACCAAUGGAUUAACGAUCAGAUAGCCGUGGAGCUUAAAGGCCAUUACACAUAUCUCUACCUGUCGAAACUUUUCGAACGGGAGUCCCAUUAUUACCCAAAAGUAGCCAAGUACUUCCGCGCAAAAUCCAAUGAGGAAAUGUCGCAUGCAGAACGGUUUAUUGAGUACCAAAACCAACGAGGCGGAACUUUCGACAUCACAUUGGUGCAGAAAAAGUCGGAUGGGUCGUGUGCAAACGUAAACAGCAUUUUAACGGGAUUCAAAUGCGCCAAAGAGCUUGAGAUUGAUGUAACUGAUGCUUUGACGCUUCUCCAAUCGAAAGUAACAUCAGUUCAAAUCAGUGAGAGUUGUUAUAAUAACGCCAGCGGAACUACUGGGAACGAUUUAGCAAGGGCUCAGCCAAUAGUCAUUCACCACCACAAUGAAGUUUCGAAGCCUUUAUCUGCUUACACCUGCCCACAUCAGCUCCCGACCAGAGUGACUGUCGAAUACGUAGAGCUUACAGAGAUGAUUGUCCACGAGUUCUUGGGUCACCAAAUUGAAGAUACGAAAGAGAUUGCCAACCAUGUUAAGACACUGCAGAAUAUCGGCGACGUUAAUGCUGGGCUCGGCAGUUUCCUUGUUGACAAACAUCUUGAAUUGUAAACUGAAAUCGUCCCAUAUUCCCCUUGUAAUUAUAGCUUAUCAAACUGCUUUGCGUAUUGAAUACAAUUGCUUUCCGUGAUAAAUUGGUAAAACGACAUUCUGUAAUGAAAUCUGUAACCAACAAUGUUAAAUGUAGAUAUAUUUCGAUGAUCUUACAAGUGUAAAUAAAAAGCCAAAUACGUAA